AUGUCUUCUCUUUCUGUCAGUGAUUUGUUUGGAGUCAACGGUCGAGUAGCCUUGGUCACGGGGGGAUGCAGCGGGAUUGGCCUGAUGAUUGCAAAGGGUCUGGUCUCAAAUGGGGCAAAAGUCUAUGUGACUGCUUUGCCAACAGAUGACAUUAGAGGAGCCGUGGCCGAGCUCACAGAUCUAGGAAAAUCGUCUGGUGGGACUGCCAUAGGGUUUGCCAGUGACCUGUCAUCGAAAGAAGGAAUCGCUGCCGUGGCCCAAGAGCUCGAAAAACAUGAGACUCACCUGGACAUCCUGUGUUCGAACGCCGGUAUUCGACGAGAUCCUCCGAAGAUGUGCAAUGUGAAGGCUGCUUCACUAGAGGAACUGCAAACAUCCUUAUGGUCAUCCAAACAUUCUGACUGGGAUGACACUUUUCGUGUCAAUGUGACGGCACACUACUUCUUAUCCGUUGCAUUGCUGAAAUUGUUGGUGGCAGCCAGCAGCCUCGACUUGGGGGACGGUCGACAGGGGAAAGACGAAGGACGGGGAGUCAUGAUCAUCACCAGUAGCUGUGCCAGUAUGCACAACUGCACCAACAUUGACUUGACCAGUUACGCAGCCAGUAAAGCAGCCAUCGAUCAUUUAGUGGCAUUGUUGGGAAGCAAGUUUGCCAAGUGGUAUGUUCGAGUAAAUGCCAUCAAUCCAGGCUUUGUCCCGAGCAAAAUGAACCCGGUGGAGGAAGGCAACAAUCAAUUUGCAGAACUGUUCAAAGCAAUGCCAGCAGCACGGAUUGGAAGAAUGGAAGACAUCGCCGGAGCCAUCAUAUACUUGAGCAGUCAAGCCGGAGCAUAUGUGGACGGACGGUGUCUCUGUGUGGAUGGAGGCCGAGUGCUGUUGGCGAAUGGCCAGUAG